AUGGUUCUUCACGAAAUGAAUCAAUCGUCAUCUUUAUGGCCAGGUGGAUCUCGAUUACGUGGUGGUGAACACUUUAAUUUACAAUAUAAUAGUUUUUCACGAAAAAAUGAUUUAUAUAAAGGAUUUGAAGUAAUUCUUUAUAAAUCUAAAACUAAUCAACGUGGUGUUGAUAAUAUUGAAUCACAAG